UAUGUUUGCGCAUGGCAAUAACGUCACUUUUAACUGCACGGGACAGCUGAGUGAACAGUUUGUAAGAUUAACCUAAAAAUUAAAGGUGCGACAGAAUGGCAGACAAUGAUCUGUUAGGCGAUUUCCAAUCAGAAAAUAACUACCACCCGGAGGAUUUCGAGAAAGUGGAUAAAAUACCAGAGCAAGAUGAAGAAAUUUCAUCGAGUUAUGUCGGUGAGGAGGCAGAGGCCGAUCGUUAUGAUCCCGGCAAUACUGAUCCAGUUGAUACGUUUUCUGAUUUAGUUAACCUUGGUUCUGCUGGCCAGUCUGCAUUUGCUAGCAAUGACCCUUUUUCUUAUCAACCCCCAGAACCUACAGCACCCCCUAAAGAAGUAGAACAACUUAUGUCUGCAUUUGAAAACGAGAACACUGAAUCGAAAAAAGAACCCCAACAAGAAGUGUCCAAGCUUCCCAAGACAGAGUCAGUAAGGCAAAGCACAAGUCCACCUGCAGAAACUGCAUCAUGGUUGAAAAAUGUAGAUCCACGAGACAACGAAGAAGACACUUAUUUUGCAUCAGACCAUAAAGUUACAACUAUUGAGGAAGAACCGGAGCAUAAAGUUUUAUUGGAGCUAAUCUAUUGGAGAGAUUUAAAGAAGACAGGGAUAGUGUUUGGAUCCAUGUUAUUUAUAUUGCUGUCUCUGGCUGUAUUCUCAGUACUCAGUGUGUUAGCCUACCUGUCCCUAGCUGUUCUGUCUGUCACAUUAAGUUUUAGGAUUUAUAAGAAUGUUUUGGCUGCAGUCCAGAAAUCGGGAGAUGCUCAUCCAUUCAAAGCCUUGUUGGAUAUGAACAUUGAUUUACCUGAGGAUAAAGCACAAAUGGCGCUGAAGAACAUCUGUAAACAUAUUAACUGUACUGUUAAAGAGCUCAGACGAUUGUUCCUUAUUGAGGAUCUGGUAGAUUCAAUGAAGUUUGCACUGCUGUUAUGGGUUUUGACAUACAUUGGAUCAUGGUUUAAUGGAAUGACUCUCAUCAUUAUGGGUUUGGUAGCUAUAUUUACUCUACCUAAAGUCUAUGAAACAUAUAAGGUACAAAUAGAUAAUUAUGUGUCAAUGGCUUGUGACCAAGUCUGUAAAGUUAAAACUCAAGUCGUAGCUAAGUUACCUUUCCUUAAGAAGAAAGAAAAGGCACAGUAAAGCCAUGAGGAAUAAUUCCUAUACAAGAAAUACACCAUAUAUAAUAAAGAUAGACUGUGUCCUCUGAUUGUGUAUAAACUGAGAGCCUGACAGUGACAUAUUUUAUUUUACAUCACGCUUUGUACCAGUAUUAGUCAUUGUAUCUUAAAUGAUCGAAUGUUUUUUUCGGACUGCAGGACACUAAAUAUUCCAUCAUGAAAGAAUUUUUUUGCCAUCAGCUGACAUAAAUAUGCAAAAAAAGAUGUUUGAAUUUAAAAAAAAAACAAAACAACUUUGAGAGGAAUAUUGUAAAAAAUUUUAAAUAUUCAUAGUACAUUUUUUGUAAGCUUCAUUAUAAAGUAAAAUGUGUUUUGUGUGUUGUACUUAUUUAUUCAUUGUCCUAAAUGUUGAUCAUUACUCUUUAAAAAUUACCUUGACAAAUUAUUUUUUUUUCUUUGCUGUCUUGGUAGUGUGAUUAUUUCUGCAUAAAAGUUUGUAGUCUACAUGUUCCAAUUCAAACAGAAAUACCGGGGUAUGUGUGAAACAUCAAGUUAAGAAAAAAAAUCACCUUUUUUUUUACAUUACAUUCACAUGCAGAUAUUUGGUGCUGGGUAUAACAAUUUGUGUUGUGAUAUCUAAAAAAUACAGAACCAGCAAAUUUACUCUGUUCUAAAAUUACAAUUGCUGAAGAUUUUAAACUGUCAAUUAGAAUGAUUCACUAUGGGAUUUCUAUAAAUAUUCAACAGGGUUAUUAAUCAAAAGUGCUAUUUACCAGAAUCACUGAAUCAAUACCACCGGGAUUGAAAUACUUUUUUCUUACAACCUUCAUGGUACAAAAACUAUUUAUUUCAAAAUUGGAAGUAGAUGCAAUUUUGAUUUAAAGAAAAAAAAUAAAGUUAAAAGAAAAAGUAACUUUACCAUCAUAAUAAUCACACCCCAUGAUGCCAAAUUAUACAGUUUUUUUUAUUAACAAGUUUUAACAGUACUGUCUUGUUUUAUUAUAUUUCUCAUGACAUAUUUACAAAGGUGGUGAAACCACAUAAAGGCCAUGAUAUAUUGAUAGUUUAAUUUGCAAAAAUACAUGAAUGUAUUGGAUACAAACAUAUAAGAAAAAGUAGAAGGAAUUUAAUGACAAGAUGUACUGUUAAUUUGUUUAUUUUAUUGAAGGUUAGGGCUAUUUAUGUGUUAACUACCAACAUGAACAUAAAAACCGUAACACAAAAUAAUCAUUUAAGGUAGACCGGAACUGUUAAUAUGGAAAAUUUGUAAGGGAUAAUUUAUUUUUGACUUCAAAUGCUUGAAAGAAAAUCAUAGCUUUAAGCACGAGAUGUAGAUUUUUUGGUAUAAAGUAAGUGUAAAAUAAGCUAGAUAUAUGAAAACAAAUCUGUCAAGUUCAUGUUUUGAAACAGUGAAAAUAUAAAUCAAGAUGAAAAAUAGUUUAUUUGGUAUAUAUCUAGAUAUUUCAAGUAUAUCAUAAAGUGCUUGUUUCAGUGCUGUAGUAUAGUUGUUGAAUGAAAACACCUUGCCUUUAUAUAAUUAUUAAGUAAUAUAUGAAAUUAGACAUCACUUUGGUAGCAAGAUAGUGUUCACUGUCUCAUGUAGUUAUGGUAACAAUGUUGUAGAAUAGUAAACAUUGUAAAAUAUGUUUGAAAUACACUGUAUAUAAUUUCCGUCUUUCUCCUUGAUGUUUUGUAAUACUCUGUUUUUAUUGCCUUGUUAUGUAUAUAUAGAUGUGUGCAUCCUGUUAAACCAGUUUGUUCAAGUUUUUAGUUUGAGACAGUCGAUAUUUGUACCUUGAAGUUUAAGGAUUUGUUUUGAAGGCUGUGAUCUGUGAAAAUUAUAAGUUUUGUUCAGCGCCAUUGGAACAAUUGAAGCAAAUUACAGACAUCUGUGAAAAAGUAGAUAAGACUAUUUUUAAGGCAAUUCAAUAAAUAGGGUAAUAUGGUUUUGUGUACACUUGGGAGAUUGACAAGUAGUAUAAUAAUUUAUCUUGCACAAGUUGGGAGAUAACAAAGUUAACUGGUCAAUUUAAGUUUAUGCUUUUUGCAUGAAUUAUAAAAAUGUAUGUUAUUUUAAGAUGGUAAUAUUUCAUUGAAGUAUAUGUGGAGAAGGGAAAUUUAUGGAGAAGGAACUAUAACAUUACAUUCACAUCAAGUCCAUAUACACUUCAUUAAUGCAUAUAUCUGACUGGGCUAUCAUCCAGAGGAGGGGUGAAGUUAUUGAUCUCUUUUGUUUUAUACCAUCAUUGUUUCUUUUAUAAUAUACUUUAGUGUUUCCUUGUUCUAAUGUUGACAUUCAUUGAAAACAUAAGAAUUGACUGAAAUAAACACAUUUGAAAAAGUUGAACCACAUCUAUUUUUUAUAUCAGGGUUGUGUUUGUUUUGCUCAGUUUGCUGUGAUCAUUGUGGACAUGGUUUCAUUAUAGAAAGAGUUAAUUGUUCCAUCAUUAUUGCAUUUUAUUUUUUUGCAAGAACAAAGUACAAAAUAUUUAGAAUUCAUCAUUAUUCGUUGGGUACUGACUUUUGUGAGAAUUGAUGAACCACAAAGUUAAGUGAUCUUUAAUAUACUUUAUGUAUAUAUAUUUAUAUAGGUUAGUAGACAAAAUUUAUCAAAACCAAGAAAUCAAAUGAAAUAUCUUUGAAAAUGCAUUGCAUCAAUCCAACCAAACUGGUACCUACGAAAAUAAAUGAAUCCACAGUAUUUGAGAACAUAGUGAACACAUUUUGUUUAUUUCCCACCCACAUUCAAAGUACUUAAACUUGUAUUACAGUAGUAUACGGAAAGUGUGUACUUGGCAAGUAAAACAAUGGAAACUUCAUUUGACUGAUGAGAGACAUUGUUUUUGCUACAUUCAAACUUUAUUUGGAUAUGGAUUUUUCUGACAUUUUGUUUUAUUUAGAUUCGACUUCCCAGCAUAAUUUAGUUGAGUUUUUGCGGGGUGUUUAUGAACAUAAAGUAUACUUUACAGUAAGUUAUAUCUAAUAUAUUUAUAUAUAAAGUAAAGCUUUGUACAGUUUUGUAGUUUUCAAUGUAAAAGUGUAAAAUUUUAAGUAUUUAUUUAUUCAACAUGUUCUAAUAGCUGUUCUAAACAGACUACAUACCCGAUUUAAAGAUGAAGAUAUUUAAAAUUUCUCGUCAUUCUGUAGGUAGAUGUUCUCUUGCUUGUCAUCUGGCCUUGCAGCCAUAAAAAUUUGGAGCAUGAUUUUCGUACUCCCAACUCAGAAUUCAAUCAAUCAAAAUACUGGAUUUGGUGUUUCAAGAACAAAUUUUGUACUCUUGAGUAAAGUUUUAUGACCUGAGGCACUGCUUCUUGAUUGAUAGUUGUCUCCGUGUGUAUUUCCAUUUACCAGUUAUCAACUGACACGUUUUGAAACAUUUUUAAUAUAUACAUUGUAAUGAUGAAAUAUGGGAGUAGUUGAUUGAUAGAUUCAUCCAAGGUAAUGGAAAACAUGUGAGAAGAAAACUGAUAAACAUAAACCUAUUAGUGUUUGGAGACAUUUGUCUAAUUAAAGAAAUAUCUGGGUAUUAUUUCAUGUAAGAAUCCAACAAAAACUGUUCUAUUGAAUUAUUACAUGGUUUGCAACAUUGUGAAUUAUGGUAUUCCUAAGAAACUGCAUACAUAGUUGUAAGAAAAUGUAAUGUUAUAAAUUUGUGUAAGAAUUGAUAUAUAACAAUAGAAGUUCAAUGUAGCAAAUGAAUAUACUCUAAAAAUAUAAAAUUUAAAUAAAACCAUAAUUCCAAGUUUCAAUGAAAUUUGAGUUUGAAUUUGGUAAACAAAAAUAUUCUCAUUUCGUCAGUGUAUUUUUUCUGAUUCGUACAUGGAGUUAUACUGGAGAUAUUUUUUUGUUUCUUCCAUGGAGUUAUACCUGAACAAAAUCAUCAAAUGUUUAUAUUUUCUUGAAGUCACUGUGUUCUAAUAACACUGUAACAUUUCAUAAUUGUAAUGUUCCUUUAUUUAAUAUGCAACUCAUUAUUUUAGAGAGAACAUGUUUUUUCUAUCAUUUAUGUACAUGCAUUUACUUUAAUUCCUGGAGACCUUGUGAUUAAUUGCUUUAUGUGCAAAGCCUUGAAUAAAAUAAACUGAAUGUUGAAAGUA